AUGGCUUCAAAGCGUAUUUUGAAGGAACUCAAGGAUCUGCAGAAGGAUCCUCCUACUUCUUGCAGUGCCGCUAGUAAAUCUACUUUCUUAUUAGCCUUGUGUCAAUUAAAAGACUGUUGUCGGUUAUGUAUUUUGCUCCUAACCGCUUUGUUUUCUUACCAUCUAGGAUGGAUUCUACUUGUUGCAAGACCUGUUGUUAAAGAUAUGUUUCACUGGCAAGCAACCAUCAUGGGACCCACAGACAGUCUGUAUUCUAGAGACGUAUUCUUUGUUACGAUCCACUUCCCUCCGGAUUAUCCUUUCAAGCCACUUAAGGUUGCAUUUAAGACAAAGGUUUUCCACCCUAAUAUCAAUAGCAAUGGAAGCAUCUGCCUUGAUAUCCUGAAAGAACAAUGGAGCCCAGCACUAACCAUCUCGAAGGUGCUGCUUUCAAUUUGUUUAUUGCUGACGGAUUCAAAUCCUGAUGAUCCACUUAUACCUGAGAUAGCUCACAUGUACAAGACUGACAGGGUGAAAUACGAGUCCACUGCUCACAGCUGGACAUAG